UCUUUAAUUGAGUGAACUCUCUCUUCCUUGAAAUCAUCUAAAUCAACAACUCCACAAAACAUCAGAUUUCAGCAAUCUCACCCCUACCCACCUACCUUACCUACAUAAAUUUCUUAAUACAUAUACUUGAGUCCCAAGAAAAACAGUCACUUUACAUACAGAUUCAAGAACCCAGUUUUUCAGGCGAAACAUGGCUAUUCAGUUGGAGAAUUUGGUGCAGUCAAUAAAGUCUAAGGUCAGAUCCUUAAAGAAAUCGAAGAAGCCUUAUGUAAAAAUGGACAAGAGUGCAAGUGUCAAGGUUGAAAUCCGCAGCAAAAAAGCCAGAAAGCUCAUCGACAAGACUCUCAAAGUUGCUGAUAAUCCUGGGAAACAUAGUAUUUCUUAAAACCUUUACAUUUCUCUCUCUAGAUCUCUCUGUUUCUCUCUAUCUCUGUCUCUCUCCCGAUAUAUAUAUCGACAUUAAUAUAUAGGAUCAUACAAUGAAGAAACACAAAAUUCUGUGUUGAACUUUUGGUUUUGUUUCAUUAAGGAGGGGUUAUGUAUGGAGAUGGAAACCCUAUGGAAGAAUAAUUGAAAUUUGGAAAGUUUCAUGGAAAUUUUUAGUUGAUAUUUUGUGGUUCAAUUAUGGUUGCAUGGUUAAAUGAAUCUGGACUAAUUUAAA